GAGUGAAGGGCGCAGAGAGGGAGUCCUGUGAGGAGCGGCUGAGAGAGCUGAGGGUGCUCAGCCUGCUGGAAAGGCAGCUCAGGGGAGACCCUGUCACACUCUACAGCUGCCCGAAAGGAGAUUGUCGCCAGCUAGGGGCCGGCCUCUUCUCCCAGCCCUCGCAGCGGCCUCGGAAGCAUGCGGCUGUGGCACUGGGGGCCCUGAAGAGCGCCGGGCUGGCAGAGGAAUGCUCCGCUGGGCAGUGCACUUGGAAGGGGGCCCACGCAGGGUGAACCACGCGGCCGUGGCUGUGGGCCACAAGGUCUAUUCCUUCGGCGGCUACUGCUCGGGAGAGGACUAUGAGACCCUGCGGCAGAUCGACGUGCACGUGUUCAACGCAGUGUCUCUACGCUGGAUCAAGCUGCCUCCAGUGUGGACAAACAGCCGAGACCACGUGAGGGAGGUGCCCUACAUGAGGUAUGGGCACUCGGCCGUGCUCAUCGACGACACUGUCUACAUCUGGGGCGGCCGCAACGACACCGAGGGAGCCUGCAACGUGCUCUAUGCCUUUGAUGUCAACACACACAAGUGGUUCACACCAAAGGUCUCUGGAAUGGUCCCAGGGGCAAGAGAUGGGCACUCAGCCUGUGUCCUGGCAAAGAGCAUGUUUAUCUUUGGAGGCUAUGAACAGCUGGCUGACUGCUUUUCAAAUGACAUCCAUAAAUUGGACACCACAAACAUGACGUGGACCUUAAUCUCUGCCAAGGGCACUCCAGCUCGCUGGAGAGACUUUCAUUCAGCUACCAUCAUUGGAACAAAGAUGUACGUGUUUGGGGGCAGAGCUGAUCGCUUUGGGCCCUUUCACUCUAACAACGAGAUCUACUGUAACAGAAUCAAAGUGUUUGAUACAGAAACCAACUCCUGGCUGGACUCCCCUCACACCCCCGUGCUCCCUGAGGGCAGGAGGAGCCAUUCAGCCUUCAGCUACAACGGGGAGCUCUAUGUAUUUGGUGGCUACAAUGCACGCCUGAACAGACACUUCCAUGACCUCUGGAAAUUCAAUCCAGUUUCUCUUUCCUGGAGGAAGAUUGAGCCCAAGGGGAAGGGGCCGUGUCCCCGGCGCCGGCAGUGCUGCUGCAGGGUGGGGGACAGAAUCAUCCUCUUUGGAGGUACCAGCCCAUCUCCAGAGGAGGGAAUGGGUGAUGAAUUUGACCUGAUGGAUCACUCGGAUCUCUACAUCCUCGACUUCAGCCCCAGUCUGAAGACGCUGUGUAAGCUAGCAGUGAUUCAGUACAGCCUGGACCAGUCCUGCCUUCCCCACGACAUCAGAUGGGAGCUCUCAGCCAUGACAACCAACAGCACCAUCAGCCGCCCCAUUGUCUCCAACCAGGGCUGAAGAGAACUCGUCCUUCCACCACCCUGCCCUCACCCCUCCACAUACUGACCUCUUGCUCCACUGCCUGCAUGAAUUUUUAGCCCUUUCAAGCAAGGAAUGUGUGAGCUCGGUUUGUCUUGCCCUAGCUAGGCCUCCCUCUGCCCUUGUCACGCUUUGGGCAGCACAAGGGGGCAGGCAAAGCUGGCCACUGAGGGAAAAACUGUCUGGCCCCAGCAGCACAGCUGUGACCCCUCUCCUCACUGGUGGUUCUAGAGCUUCCUUUCCCUUUGCCUGUGGAACUGCAGCUGUGCUGUCCGGUGUGCAGCCACUUUCCAAGGGCCUGAAUCAACUCUUACCACCAGCCACGGCCCUGGGGUUGAUGUCAGGGUCAACCUGAACUGUUCCUGCAUUGCCUCAAGAAAGCAGGAACCUCCACACCUGCUCCUGCCAGCACUGACAGCUUCCUGGCACUGAAGGGCAGGCCCCAGCUCCAAGAUGAGCACAGUGUGGGGGCCUGGGCCCAGCUGGACACUGCCCAGCUCCCAUUGUAAAACAGCAACUGGGGGAAGUUUUAUAAAUGGUGAGGCAGACGUGGUUUCUGUGUGUCCUAGCAGACGAACUGGGGGAGAAAAGGCUUGAGAGGGGAGAGACUGAACCAGGUACUUUUCACUGAAGCUGCAGGCCACUGCUGGC